UGUGAAGUGUACCAGAUAUCCACAACUGCCCGUUGUCAGAGCAAUGUCAUACAGAUUCUGCUGUGAAAGCACGACCCAUAUGGAUGUGAAGGAAGCAGAGGAGCUGGGCAAUGCCCCACCCGUGACUAUUCAGGACUUUGCAAGUGGCUCAACACUUCAUGGUAUUGCACAUAUCUUUUCCUAUAGCCGGUUUUCCUGCCGACGACUUCUCUGGAUACUUUGUUUUGUUGGCUCAUUGUCACUCCUGCUAUAUGUGUGCAGUGAGAGGAUCGUCUAUUACUUUGAAUAUCCACAUGUCACCAAACUGGAUGAGGUCUCAGCUCCCAGGAUGAUCUUUCCGGCUAUCACCUUUUGUAACCUCAAUGAGUUCCGCUUCAGCCGAGUGACAAGGAAUGACCUGUACCAUGCGGGAGAGCUGCUCAGUUUGCUUAACAAUCGUUAUGAGCUCCCAGACUCUCAGCUGGCGGAUGAGAAGAUCAUGGAAAUCCUCCAUGACAAGGCCAACUUCCGUAAUUUUAAGCCCAAACCAUUUAACAUGAGAGAGUUUUAUGACCGCGCAGGACAUGACAUCCGAGAAAUGCUUCUGAGUUGCAAGUUCCGCGGAGAAGAAUGCAGCGCUGAAGACUUUGUUCCGGUGUUUACCAGAUAUGGGAAGUGCUACACAUUUAACUCUGGGCAAAAUGGACGCCCUCUACUAGUUACAACAAAGGGAGGCACAGGAAAUGGACUAGAACUAAUGUUGGACAUCCAACAAGAUGAGUAUCUGCCAGUUUGGGGAGAAACAGAUGAGACAUCUUUUGAGGCCGGAAUCAAGGUACAAAUUCACAGCCAAGAUGAACCUCCUUUCAUUGACCAGUUAGGGUUUGGUGUGGCCCCUGGAUUUCAAACAUUUGUAUCCUGCCAGGAGCAACGGCUUACGUAUCUGCCCCCUCCUUGGGGUGAUUGUAAAUCUGGAUCUAUGGACUCUGAGUUCUUUGAUACAUACAGCAUUUCUGCGUGUAGAAUCGACUGUGAAACACGUUAUCUGGUGGAAAACUGUAAUUGUCGCAUGGUACAUAUGCCAGGAGAUGCUUCAUACUGUACCCCAGAGCUUUAUAAAGAAUGUGCAGACCCAGCGCUGGAUUUCCUGGUAGAGAAAGAUAAUGAAUUUUGUGUAUGUGAGACACCAUGUAACAUGACUCGUUAUGGGAAGGAGCUGUCCAUGGUGAAAAUACCCAGCAGGGCUUCGGCGCGUUAUCUGGCAAAGAAGUACAACAAAAGUGAACUAUACAUACUGGAGAAUAUAUUGGUUCUGGAUAUUUUCUUUGAAGCCCUUAAUUAUGAAACCAUUGAACAGAAGAAAGCAUACGAGGUGGCAGGACUUCUGGGUGACAUUGGAGGACAAAUGGGCCUUUUUAUUGGAGCAAGUAUUUUGACUGUUCUGGAACUUUUCGAUUAUGCCUAUGAGGUGUUGCGGUACAAACUGUGUGGAGAAAGAAAAUGUGGGAAAGAUACAAAACGCAACAACAAUGAUAAGGGAGUAACACUGAGUCUGGAUGAUGUGAAACGUCAUGCUCCAUGUGAAGGUGUAAGAGGUCACCCUGCAGGAAUGAGUUACACAGCCAACAUUCUGCCUCACCAUGCAGUGCGGGGAGCAUUUGAGGACUUCACAUGCUGAGACAACCUCUUAAAACAUCUGAGAGAACAUAUUAUUUUCCAAAAAAUAACAGAAGUAACCAGGAAAAUGAGACACAGAUGAAAGAGUACAUAUACUAAAAUGUGAAUUCCUAAAUCCAAGAAAGCCUGACAGAGAGCAGUGACAAACUGAACAGGACUCUAUAUCAGAUUAUCAUAACUACUGCCUACAUUUAAAAAAAAUACCUUAUUUAGAUUUGCCCUAAUAUAGACCUUAAUUUCAGUUUUGGACAUUCAGAUGUAAACCAGUUAAGAGAUAUUAUAACCAGUAGCAGCAAGUCCUAUUCAAGGAGUAAUCUGAAGGAAACAAAUAUAAAUUGAGCAAUACAACAACUACGUACACCAGUCAACAAUAUAGUCUUGCAUUUACCAUAGGGUAAAAUCAAACACAAAUAUAUACCAAUGAUAAACGUUUUCAAAUUUUUGAAAGCAGCUGAUCUGAAGACAAUGAAAAAGUGCUCUUAAGACAUCAAAGACAAAACAGUGAACUCCAGAAGACAUCAAGACAAGAAUGGUUUUACAAAUAUAUCAAAAUAAGCUUACAAGGCAAGAAAAACAAUGUAGUCUGAAUGUGCCAAACAAAUCAGCAAAUGGAAAAUAGAUAGUCAAGCCAAGGACUUUAAGCAACAUUUAUUUUUAUUUAAUUUUUAAAAUAUACAGAAAAUGUCUCAAUGUCAUCUAUUUUUAGGCGUGCAAGGCUGAAUGAGACCAUCAGUCGAUAUGAGCUGAUAUAGAACUUAUCGUAUCGUAUAUAAGAUAUCGAGGAAAGGAAGUCACUGUUGAGAAGAGAUAUAAUACUGUUAUCCGUAAACUCAACCUAGCUAAAUUAACUUGUCACAAUAAGUCAAAAAGGAGGACAAAUUUAAAUCACAUCCAUAAUUUGCAUUUCAAGAAAAGUUAAUGAAUCAGAACAUCUAUAAAAACUACAAUGUGCAUUUAUUCAAGAGAUCCCUGUUUUUUACAACUAUAAAAAGAUGAAAACACCCGUGGAAUAAGUAAACAAUGACAAACUCCUGAGAGCUCAAAAUGAAUCUGUCACACCCUGACUUAGGGCUUCUUUUUAUUGAGGGUAAAAAUAUUCUCACCAGUUUCUUAUCAGAAACAUAUUUUAAUGUCUUUGGGGAAAUCUGCUAAGAAAAUUGGUUAAAUGAAUUCCACCUGCAAUCAAAUUUAGCUUGUAAUUUAUAUGUAGUAGUUAAUUUAUCUAAAAUAAGCCUCUCUUCAAAACAACAGGAUUUGUAUGAUCUUUUUUUUUUUAAUAUUAAAGCUGCAUGUUCCCCAAAAAUAUUUAAAGAAUACUUAUCUCUCAUAGGGCACUAUGAGCUCUUUGAACAGAUUAAUUCAGGGUUUCAAAUUCAAGGAUUUUCUAAUCCACCAGAAAUCCCAGACGUUCAAGGCUUAUCCCAUGUGUAACUUGGCCAAUUUAAUGAGACAGUAAAUACUUUGAGAUCAUAAUAUAAAAUGUUUAAUUAAACAUAGUAAACAACUUUGCAAUACACUUCCAUUAUUUAUUUUACCCCUGUAUCUUAAGACAUGUAAUCUAACUCUGAUACUCCCUAUCUGGUCUCAGUAACGAGGGUCAGAUUAGAACCAGCAACGCAAAGAUACUUUUGCUUACAAUAACAUUGGCUCCUCUACAUAAGGAAUUUUGUGGGUGGAGUUUGGUUGUUGAAAAAUGAUUACAGCAAACAAGGUGGUGAGGCAGUAAAAAAAGUCACACUCUUCUAACCUAUUAAUGUAUUAUAUGACUGCAGAAAAAUAAUUAUUACAAGGUGUUUACUGUCCCUUUAAAUAGUUCAAACAUCUACUCUUUUGAUGGAUUAGAAUGCUAGAAAAAAGAACCCCCAAAAAAUACUUGAGAUGAGUUUGACGUUUUCACAUGGCACACUCGAAAAGACUGGAAUGUAGGCCAUUGGGGUUAAGGACCUCCUCUUUUCUCUAAUGUAACUGAUAGGUUUCCAUGUUUUCUUCCAUUUGGUGAUUUUUUUAAAAGGCACUCUGUUUUUACUGACUGAUUAUAUCUAUUUAGAAAAGCUAUACCAAAUUAGAGCCUAUCUGGUGAUGUUUUGUAAUGUGUUGUCUACUUUAUAAUGAAAUUUGAUUAUCUGCAUUCUCCCUCAGAAAUCUACCAAUAUUGCCAAAUGUUCCACUAUUUUCAGAGAUCUCAGCUCUCUUUGAUUGAUGAAGAUUGUUCUUAUUGAUGAAAAUUCCUGUGCUCUUUAUUCUGGUUACACAAGAUAUUCACACUCUCUAGUUACCCAAACGUUCCUUUCCAUUUCCUGAUUUAGCAUUUUGAUCUCUUAGAAUAAAAAAUAAAAAAACAUUUUCUUUAAAAUUCACUUUUAUGACAUUCUGAUUGUCAGUGCUCUGUUAAUGUAAACAAUUUGCAGAGAGCUAAAAGCAAUUAGUUAACCUUGGAUUACUAGAGAGUGAAAUAGAAUAACUGGACUCAUUUAGGAUUCCAGAUAAAUCAAUUACUUCCAAUUUUAUGGCUCAGUAGAAAGAGAAAAUGAUUGUCAAGAGGGUGGCCUUAGAGUCUGACAGCGGGGUGCUAUAACAAAUUAACUCAUUAGAACUUAAAAGGACUCUUGAAGACAGGAGCCAACGGAACUUACUAGUUGUUUACUAUUCAAAGCCGCAUUGAUUGUACUAUAAUAAUCAGUGUGUAAUCAAGCAGAAAACUGGACCUUAGAAACCCCAGAAAGAUGAACUGUACGUCUGAUACUGGGAGGAUUGAUCACUGUGACCACAAUGUGAAGAGGCACUGAAAAAGCUGGUGGCCAACUAUACGCACCAGCCAUUGCAGCCCAUGUCUGCUUAGACUCAGUGGACUCAAAUAUUACUAUACAAUAUGUAUAACUGGGGACUUAAGUCAGCAAUCCAGGAGCUGUCUUUUUGCCUUCCUUUCUCCUGUUUUCAUCAGUGUUAACUCCUCCACCCCAUAAAAAUGAGAAGUCAAAUUACCUAAUCUCGUGUACAAUAUACAAAAAAAUUUGUGGAUAUAUACAGCUUCUGAAUUAUACUCAGAGUGUUAUUCAAACUUAGCAUUUUUAAAAUUACACUCCCAUUUUAUUUAGAUUAGGAGCUACACAACUGUUAGUCAGAAAGUAAAAUAUGUUGAUAAAGUCUAAGUCUUCUACAGCAGGGUUCUUCAAACAAUUUUCCCAAGAACCAGUGCUAUGAUACCCCAGACCUUCACGACCCUUGGUCUAAAAAUUUCUGAAGUAAUAUACAACAAAAUAGCUGUAAUUUGUGACAAAGUAAUUAAAAUUUGUGCAUACUUUAUUCCUGAUUGUAGUUAAACUUCAAAGUGUUGUAAAACGUAAUAACACACACUCUCAUACAACACACACACCAUGCACACUCUCAUACAACACACACCACACACGCUCAUACAUCACACACACUCUCAUACAACACACACACCGCACACUCUCAUACCACACGCACACACACACCACACACACACUCAUACAUCACACACACUCUCAUACAACACACACACCGCACACUCUCAUACCACACACUCUCAUACAACACACAAACACUCUCAUGCAAUAAACUCUCACCACACACUUACAGCAGACACUCACACACGCAUACCACACACACUCUAAUACAACACACACUCAUAUAACACACACACACACCACACACUCUCAUACAACACACACACACAUGUUGCAACCCAGUAAACACGGUGUUGCGACCCAGUAAUUGGUCCCGACCCGUGGUUUGAAGAACCUUGUUCUACAGUGACUGAGGCACUAGCUUUUGUGCCUACUGGUACAAUAAACACAGCAUUCCCUGAAUUAAAAUUAGCAUCUUUUCAUGUUUUACACUGGAGCAAAAACCCUACAUAACGUAUUUAUUUAAAAAGACAGUAGUAUUUGCAUGUGCACUGCGCUCAUUAAAAUAUUAUAGUAAAACACAUUUAUCUACUACAUCUACAGUUCAUUUCUUAUACAAUAAAUAAAGUUAAUACUUUAGCAGGCUUGAAACAUUACAUUGCAACACUUCAAUGUUUUUACAUUAAAUUUAUUAUAAUUAGGAUUAAUAACAAUAAUACAUUAACUCAUUCAUCCCUGAUAUCACAUGUACUUAGAUUAUAAAGGAACAAGGAUUAAUUUAUAGUAAUAUACCGUGGAAACAUGCAGUAAAUUGUACUCAUAUUCUGCCUGUUGUAUGGAGUAUUAAUGAUAUGAGAAGUAGGUAGUCAAAAUACUUUUUGGGUGAAACUAAAAAGCAAUUUCUCAUUUUUUAUUUAAAUGUCUGGGCAGCUAUAAAACAGAGAAUAACUUUAUCUGUCUAUAAACAGGAGUGUAAGCAUUGAUACAUUAUUCUCACAGCAACAAGAAAAAAUAGGGUACUAGUACCAAUAACCUUAAAUGUGAAAAAGGCUUAUGAUCGUCCAAGUCAGUCCAUUUCACAACAUGGAGGUUACGGGUAUACUUGGUUGCAUUAUUAAGGACAUAUCUCUCUCUUAAAGAAAUGCACUUCCUGUUUUUCAUCGAAUAUAGCCCCUGAACCACAACAGUUAAGCAAACCCCAUUAAUUGUCAUGAAAAUAUUUAUUUACAAAUUGUGUGCAAAUGUCAAAAAUGUUUGAGUUUUCACAUGUGAGAGAGUGUAAUAUGGGGGAAAAGAGGAGUCUCUUAUUUUAUAAUUCUUUUUUAUAUUUUUCCAUCACCUAUAAAUAUAUGAAUAGAUAAAUUCCGUGUAUAUGUAUAUAAAUAUAUGUAUAAAAAUCCGUGUAUAUAUAUAUGUAGGGUGGAUCAGGGAUGCUGUUCAGUGUUUCCCUGUGGAGAAUGUUACUCACACAGGUAUAUAUGUACAUUACAUACAGAGCACAAAACGGCGAAGCAAUGUAUACUCUUCAGAACUGAUAUAAAGAAAGAUAUUACUAUGGAAA